AUGACAACUCAUAAAGCACAAGGCCAGACACUGCAACAUAUUGUUGUAGACCUUGCAGGGUGCAUUGGCACAGAAUCACCGUAUGUCAUGCUAUCUCGUGUCACGUCCUUGGAAGGCCUGUUAAUACUACGACCUUUCAAUCAAAAGAAAAUAACUUGCCGUAGAAGUGAGGACUGUCGUCAGGAGGAGAAGCGUCAUCAGAUAUUAGCUUUACAAACC